UCAAGCAUGUGCAGAUCUGGCACGUUCCUUCCAUCAGAUCAAAGGUUUAAUAUUUUAUUUCCCUUCAACAUUGCUCGGUUGCGGCAUAAACAUAUUCACUUGUACAAAAAAACAAACAUCGACGAGGCAUCCCUCAGAAAACGCCACAAUGCUCUCUCUCUCCCCUCUGCACCACCCUUCACCGUCACCUUCACCUUCACCGCCGCCACCCAAACCCUGUCUUCCCUCUCUCUGCCCUCUGCACCACUCUCUAACUUCCAAACCCGCCGCUGCCGCCUUUUCUCUUCGGCGCCGCCGACCCCUCCGCGUGCAAGCUCUCGACGCCGCCCAGCCGUUCGACUACGAAUCGAAGCUGGCGGCCGUCCAUUUCCAGAGCAGCAAGCACCUCAAAAUCGCCGUCAUUGGCUUCGGUAACUUCGGGCAGUUCCUGGCCAAAACCCUGGUCAGCCAAGGCCACACCGUCCUCGCCCACUCUCGCUCCGACUACUCCCACACCGCCAAGACCCUCGGCGUCUCCUUCUUCUCAGAUCCCCACGACCUCUGUGAAGAACACCCAGAAGUCAUUCUCCUCUGCACCUCCAUAAUUUCCACCCAACGGGUCCUCUCCUCCCUCCCCCUCCACCGAUUCAAGCGCAGCACAUUGUUCGUCGACGUUCUUUCCGUCAAAGAGUUCGCCAGAGAUCUACUGCUCGACCUUUUGCCCGCCGAUUUCGAUUUGAUUUGCGGGCACCCAAUGUUCGGACCGCAGAGCGCCAGGUACAGCUGGAGCGGGCUUUUCUUUGUCUACGAGAAAGUUCGAAUUGGGGACGAAGAAUCGAGGAUUUCACGGUGCGAGAAGUUCCUCAACGUUUUCGCGAGAGAAGGUUGCGAAAUGGUGGAGAUGAGCUGCGCCGAGCACGACAAGCACGCGGCGGGGUCGCAGUUCAUCACCCAUACGGUUGGAAGGGUGUUGGGGAUGCUGCGCUUGAAGUCCACGCCCAUUAAUACCAAGGGUUACGAGACAUUGUUGAAUUUGGUGGAGAAUACGGCCGGAGAUAGCUUUGAUUUGUACUACGGCUUGUUCAUGUACAACAAGAGCGCGCUGCAGAUGUUGGAGAAGUUGGAUUGGGCUUUCGAGGCCUUGAGAAAUGAGCUCUUCGGGCGGUUGCAUAAAGUGGUCAGGAAACAGUUGUUUGAGAAUGCAAAGAAGGUGCAGAAUUCUCAGGACAGUUACACCCGGUUGCCCAAUUGGUCUCGGCCUGGAAAUGGAGCUGCAUUGCCAUCUUCUUCUUCGUUGGCUUUGAGGUCUCAGGAUAUUGCUCAACCGUAUGAGUACAAAGGGCAGAUCUCUGACUGCGUUGAAGACAGCUCGAAGCUAAAAAUUGCGGUAGUUGGAUUUGGAAACUUUGGCCAGUUCCUUGCGAAGACCUUCGUACGCCAAGGUCACACAGUUUUGGCGUAUUCUAGAUCGGAAUACUCUGAUGUAGCUAAAAAAUUAGGGGUUUCUUACUUCUCUGAUGCUGACGAUCUUUGUGAAGAGCAUCCUGAAGUGAUUCUUCUUUGUACUUCCAUUCUUUCUACGGAGCAAGUUCUGAGAUCAUUGCCGGUUCAGAGAUUGAAGAGAAGUACUCUGUUUGUUGAUGUACUGUCUGUGAAAGAAUUUCCAAGAAGUUUGUUUCUUCAAAAUUUGCCGCUAGAUUUUGAUGUUCUCUGCACACAUCCUAUGUUUGGACCUGAGAGUGGUAAAAAUGGGUGGAAUGGUCUUCCUUUUGUUUAUGAUAAGGUUAGGGUUGGAAGUGAUGAAUCAAGAGCAUCACGGUGCAACCGGUUUCUUGAUAUUUUUGCACGAGACGGAUGCCGAAUGGUGGAAAUGUCUUGUGCAGAACAUGAUUGGCAUGCUGCAGGGUCGCAGUUCAUUACCCACACGAUGGGAAGGGUUUUGGAAAAGUUGGAGUUGGAGUCAACUCCGAUUAACACAAAAGGCUACGAGACUUUGUUGAAUUUGGUGGAGAAUACUGCAGGGGAUAGCUUUGAUCUUUACUAUGGCUUGUUCAUGUACAACGUAAAUGCGAUGGAGCAGCUAGAGAGGUUGGACCAUUCCUUUGAAUCAUUGAAGAAGCAGCUCUUUGGGCGAUUGCAUGGUGUUCUUCGGAAGCAAUUGUUUGAGAAUGCUGAGAAGUUCCAAGUUUUGUUGGAAAAACGCAUGUUGCCAAAACUAUCCGAAAGCAGUGCUGAGCUCACAUCUUCUUCGGAGGCUCUUGAUGUCCAAAAGAACUGAGUUAAAUGUUCCAGCUUUUUUGUUAUGAUUAUUAUGACGUGAAAUAUAGAUCAAUGGAUGCACUAGUAUGAAGUGAUUUGAUUCAAGGACAGGAAAGGUUAAGAUAGAAUGAGGGUUGGGGGAGCUAGAGACGACAUUGUGGCCUGUAAUGUGAAGGAAGAUAUGGCCGUUGAUGGAGCUGAAUUUUUGGUCGUUUCUUCAUGGAAAAUGCUAGGUGCUCUUCUGGUGUUCUUCUAGGAGAGCACCUAGCAUUUCCCUCUCUCCAUUUAGGUUUUGAUUUUUUGGAAGCAGGUUAAUGUAUCAUUUGUUAGAGUAAUAGUUAUAUUUGAGAAAGAGUGACAUGUCUCUUGUUCCCAUCUUCAUGUGAAUUCUGAUACGAAUUGAUAAAUUCUUCUUAUUUUUGGUACCACAAUUGUUGGAAAUACAAAAACUAACCUGUAUCCAAAGAUAAAAGAGAAACCAAAAAGAAACAAACAAAAAAUCUUCCUCAACAUUUUCCACAGAUGCUCAAGGAUUUGGAUACAUUUCCUCAGAUCGACUGCCAUCAAGCUGUUACCAUUAUUAUGUCCAUUAACAUCCAAUGCAAUCAUCUUUAGGUACAAACCACAAGAAAUUAGG